CCGCAUUUAUUCAUCAGGAAGAGCUGAGAUCUGAUCAAAGACUGAGUUUAUUAAAGAGGACAGAGAGAAGAUGAGAGAUCCAGAGCCCUGCAGAAUCAAACACACUGAAGAUACUGAAGAACUAACAGAGCUGAUGGAAGAGAGCGAGGAGAGUGAAGAACUGAGUGAAGUGGAGGAGAAACAUCAUGAUAAACCUGGAGAAAAACCUUUGAGUCGCUCGAAGACUAAAAAUACAUUUUUAAAGAAAAGAAGAGGCAAGAAAUCUUUCACCUGCACUCAGUGUGGAAAGAGUUUCCCAUUCAAGCAAAGUCUUGAGCGUCACAUGAGAGUUCACUCUGGAGAGAAACCGUUCACUUGUGAUCAGUGCGGGAAGAGCUUCACACAAAAAGUACACCUUAAAUAUCACAUGAGGAUCCACACUGGAGAGAAACCGUAUGCAUGCAAUCAGUGCGGGAAGAGCUUCACACAAAAAAUAACCCUUAAAAAUCACAUGAGGAUCCACACAAGAGAGAAGCCGCAUGCAUGCGAUCAGUGCGGGAAGAGCUUCACGCAAUCAAUAAACCUUAAAAAUCACAUGAAAAUCCACACGGGAGAGAAACCGUUCAUGUGUGACCAGUGUGAAAAAAGUUUCACACACAAACAAUAUCUUAAAAAUCACAUGAGGAUCCACACUGGAGGGAAGGCAUAUGCAUGUGAUCAGUGCGGCAAAACAUUUCUUCGGUCAUCAAACCUGAAGGAACACCUGACAGUUCAUACGAAGGAGAAGCCGCAUUCAUGUUCUGUGUGUGCAAAGAGUUUUUCACAGCUGAGCAAUUUAAAAGUACAUCAGAAAAUACAUGCUGAUGUGAGAGAUUAUAUGUGCUUUGAGUGUGGGAAAACUUUUAUUUCAGUAUACAGAUUAAACCUGCACCAGAGGAUCCACACUGGAGAAAAACCUCACAAGUGUUCAUACUGUGACAAGAGUUUCAGUGUGUCAUCAAAUCUAAAAAGACAUGAGAAGAUCCACAGCGGAGAGAAGCCGCACACUUGUGAUCAGUGCGGGAAGAGUUUCACUUUUAAAAGUCACCUGAAGAUACACAUGAAGAUCCAUGCAGUGCAGAAACCAGAUCACCACAGUCUGAGAUCACGAACUACCAGAAAUGAAUUGAAAGCAGAAGGAGAGAACAGAGAGAAGACGAGAGAUCCAGAACCUGCAGAAUUGAAACAUCAUGGUACUUAGGAACAAACAGACCUGAGAAAGGAAAACAAGAAGCAAAAAAAAAUCUGGCCCCUGCCCUCAGUGUAAACAAGAUACCCA